CAUAAACCUGAUAAACCCUCUCUUUGCCACAUCUCCUUCUUCCUUUUCAUACCUUUUCAAAAACCCUAAAUUAGUGUCGCAGAAACAACGAAUUGAACCCUCAAACUUCUGUUGAGAUGAGUUCCUUCACGAAUACAUCUAAUCUCGAUAACCUCCUCCUUCAAACCCUAAUGGGCAGGCUUCAAAUUCGCCCCCCAAAUCCUCUUCAACCACAGUUAUCACCUCUUUUUAACCAAACCCUAGAAGACCUCCUUUUGGACUCCAUGAACAACAUCUCAGAUACCGAAGACGAUCAAGACGAUGACGAUGAUGACGAAAACAACAGGAGGAGCAAAACCCAGCUCGCCAAAGAAGAAUCGAAGCUGGAAAAGGCGGUGAUCAAAAUUAUUCUCAGCGGAAACGGGGAUGAAACCCUAAAACCCAAUUCGGGUCAGGCAGUAACGAUCGGAGAACACCAUAUUUGUGUCGGGUAUCAUGUGGAAACGGGUUCGGAGUAUCGUGUUUGGGAAUGGCAUGGUCAUAUCAUGUUGUUUGAUGACGAGAAUGGGUAUAAUCCAGAGUAUAUUUAUGGAAAUUAUUUCGAGAGGAUGAGAAUUAUGCCUGGGAAGAUGAAGGAGGAGGCGGCAGCGGCGGUUAACGGUGGUGUAGGAGAUAAGGAAGAGAAGUCCAUUAAUUCCGGUUUGAAGGAGCUGAUUGGAUCAAGUGAGGAUGCUGGGUCGGGUCGGAUUCUCCAUCGCAAUGUGAAUGUCGGAUCCUCAAGUCUAGAUAAACGAUCGGCUUGAAUCAAAAAAGCAACAAGGACUCGUUUUACACAGCGUCGUGGUUGGAAUAACAAAUCUUUGAAGUAGAUUUCUAAUGUAAAGAGAACAAGAUUUUGAUACUUGGUGAGAAGAUGAGAAUGAGAUUGUGUUGUUAUGUUUCAAACUAGUUUUACAUUACUCAAAAUGAUCAAAAGGAUGUUGUUUUCUGCCAUUGUUAUGAAUGGAAUCUUUGUUUACUUUUUGGUUAA